AAUGACAACUUCUAUAAUAACUAGCCUUAAAAUGCCAAUGAAUUCAUCAAAGCAUAUUCAUAUAUGCUGCCUUUUAGAAUUAACAAGCAGUCACAAAAUAUGCCGCAGACUAGCAUUUGAUAGGGUAGCAAUGAAAGAAAGCCUUGGAAAAGAUAUUACAAAGUGUUAUAAUACGUCUGUACCCAGAACUGGAACUGUUAGUAAGCGUGAUGCACAGUGGUGCAAGUUUGGGAACCAUUAGGGUUGUCAUGAAAAAUUACUGAGGCAAUAAGGAUGAUGUGAAUUGAGAGAAUUUGGGAACCUCUCACCUAAAGCAUUUGUUGAAUAUUUUAACCAAUUAUAGCAAUAGAUACUGUUUUAAUGUUGGAUUUAUUUGCAAUGGAUUCUUUAAUAUAAGUAUACUUUAAGUUCUUAAGAGUUGCACAAGCAGGCAGUAUAUAAGUAUUUGUAACAGUAUAUAAGUAUUUGUAAACAAAUAAGAUUAAUAAUAAACAAGUAAGAUUUAACAAUAAAGGUAAAAUCAGUAACAAUAGAACUUGCUCCAAGACCAAAGAAACAAAAUGAAUGAAAGAUUAGAAAAUAUAGGGCCACAUGUAGCAUGUUAACCAUAAAGGCACAGUAAUAUUCAUAAUAGAUUUGCUAGCUAUAGCUUUUGCUCUACAAAAUAUUGGACAGGAAGGAAUGACAUCUAUAAAUAAGUACAUAAAAAUAAUUACAACUUUUUAAUUUUGUUAGCCGCUCCACCAUCAUGUGUCAAACUGAUUUAGAUAUUCAGUCUAAAUAUUUAUUUUACAAUAGUAGAGCCUUCAGUUAAUAUUGUAUUGUUUAAUGGAUUUCUGAAUUGAACUUGGCCAGAAGUUGAAUGCUGAAAGAAUGCUUUUUUAAAAAAAAGUAGUAUGAUAGGAAAUACUCAAAUAAAGCUCAUCAAUCCUAGAACACAAAGUUAACCAACUGAAAGAGAAUCUGGCAUAUAAUAAAGCAAUAUUCUGAGACAUAGAUUUAACUGCAUUUGAACAAAAGUAUUCUCCCAAAACUCCAGUAAAAUUACUAAAAUAUAAAUAAAAUGAGGGAUAGAUAUAUUUUUCUGUGUCAAUUUAUUAACGAACAAUGCUAUUUUCUAGGCUUGGGGGGAGAUACAAAUACAUUGAAAUUAAUUAGAUCUUAAAAAUAUAGUUUAUUAAAUUGCUGUGUUUGAGGUUAAACAUUUCAACCAUCUCCUGCAAACCCAGAAAAAACGGUUUUGCAGAUGGUUUCUUCAAAGCCCAAAGCAUUUGGCUAAUUCUCCGAAUAGCCUGUAGUUAAAGCCAAUUUAAUGCUCUGAACUUUGUUCAUCUUUUCUUUUAGCUUUCCUAAGCUUCAGUUCUCUAACUGAGGAAUAGAUAAGAGUGGGGGAUGAUAGAGUAGAAAGAUUUGCAUUUUUUGCCCCUUUCGCUUUGUCCAAGAAGCUGUUUUUUAACUGGGGGAGGGCUGGGAGGCUACACAACGCAGUCGGAAAUAUUUUCCCAAGCAACGCAAGCAGCAGAUUGCAAGCCCAGCACAAAGACAAAUAUAGGCGCUCUCCUUCUCUGUAGCCGAGAAGAGGGGAGGGGAGAAGGUGGAGUUUUUAAGGGUCGCUUUUCUUCUUGUUUUCCGCCCUGUCCUUUCCUCCCAGCCAGUAACGAGCGUCUUCGCCUUUGAAGUCCAGCGCCGCAAAGCACGGCUACCCGCGAGCAAUAAAUAAAAGUUAAGGGCCACACAGAGGGCGACCAGGCAGCGUCUUUGAUUGGGGCCGCUUCCCCGCUCUUCCUCCCUCAGAGUCCGCCGCUGCCUCCCCUUGGAGAGAUGGCGUGCAUGGACAGAUGUCGGUGCUGCACGGACUCCCGGGGGCAGAGCAGCAUUCUCUACAACAUUCUGAAGAGCGAGGAACAGCAGCAGCAGCAGCACGAGGCGACCAGCCGGCAGCAGCCCGCGCCUCAGCCGGGCCAGGGGCCCUACGCGCCGGCGCCCGGCUGCUCGUGCGGCACGCAGAGGCGCGUGGCCCUCAAGAACCCGCAGGUCGCGUGCAAGGCGGCUUCGGCCGUGUUGGUGAAGACGCUGCGCUUCGUCAAGAACGUGCCCUGCUUUCAGGAGCUGCCUCUGGACGAGCAGCUGGUGCUGGUGCGCAGCUGCUGGGCUCCGCUGCUCGUGCUGGGGCUGGCCCAGGAUCGAGUGCACUUCGAGACGGUGGAGACCACGGAGCCCAGCAUGCUCCACAGGAUACUGACCAACAAGCGCUGCGAUGAAGAGCAGCGGCGGCGGCGGCAGCUCCAGUUGCUCCGCGAGACGCAGGGGGAGUCGGAGCAGAGCUGUGGCAAUGGGAACGGAAGUGGCGGCGGCAACGCCAAGCUACCGUCGGCGGCAGAAAUCCAAAGCAUCAAAAGUUUUCUGGCCAAAUGUUGGAGUUUGGACAUAAGCACCAAGGAGUAUGCCUACCUCAAGGGGACGGUUCUCUUCAAUCCGGAGUUGCCAGGGCUGCACUGUGUGCAGUACAUCCAAGGACUGCAGCAAGAAGCACAACAAGCCCUAAAUGAACACGUCAGACUGAUUCACAGAGAAGACCAGGACAGAUUUGCCAAACUGAAUGUGGCUCUUUCCAUGCUUGGAUCAAUUAAUGCCAGUGUUAUUGCAGAACUUUUUUUCAGGCCCAUCAUCGGAACAGUAAAUAUGGAUGAUAUGUUGUUGGAGAUGCUUUGUGCAAAAUUAUGAAACCAUAUGUGAAUAAGGCAUGACACUUCAGCGUGAAAAAUCUGACAACAAAAUAGUGUAAAGUAUUGUAAAAUAAACUAACUUAUUGUUUUUAAAGUGGCAAUAUUUUUGUAUUCAGCAAUGGAAUGUUCUUUGAGUCCACUCUGUUUUAUUAAUUAGAAGUAUCUUAAAGCAUUUCAUCAGCAAUCUAAGUUCUCUUGCAAAAUAAAAUAAUUCUACACAUACAUAGAAAGGA